AUGCCCUUCUCCAUCGCUGGGGACGGCGACCAGCUGGCGCUCUUUAGACGCCUCUGCUGCCGCUACCGCAUCGCCACGGACGUGUCCAAGCCCCACCUCUUGGGCGUCAUUGGUCGGGUUUAUUGCAGCGGGCAGCCGGAGCUGUGCUAUGACGUCCAGCGUUACGACAAGAGCGUGUACCUCCGCGUUGAGGAGGCGCGGCGCUGCCUCGUUCGCUCCACGAUGGUCACACCCGUGUACGCGGAGAGGGAGAUAGCCAUGGUUGAGGUGUUGCACCACGCGACAUACGUGAUGUUCUCGGAGAUCAUCAGCCGCCUGUCCAGAUGCCUAGAGGUGAGGCUGCGCCAGGACUGUUCCCGGGGAUCUGUCGGCGGCGGCCGUGCCACGGAUGAAGUCGUCACGCCCGCCGAGCACCGUUGGUGGAUCCGAUGUUUGGAGCCGCGGGCUUGGCUGCGGUUCACUGCAGCCGAAGCUCUCAGGUCCCAGUGUCAGAGUGUGCAGUUGUACAUGGCCGACAUGGACAUUUGUAACCUCCAGCUUGGCCUGCGCAAUUGGGGAGUGGAAAGUGGGCCGAUGACUGGGGAGACGUUAGUUCAGGCAGCAUCUGAAGUUGGCCAAGAAGGCGAUGCUGUGCUUGCGGGGCCUGGCCCUUCAGCAGGGGCAGCUGCAGAGGGAAACGAGCAUAAAACAGGAGACCUAACAUCCUCUGGUCUGGAUGUUCUCAACAGCCUGCCACCAACACUGUCUCCAAUGCCAGGCAAUGAGGUGCCCCAGCCGGAGCAAAUCGAUUUAUUGGAUGAUGAUGAUGAUGGUGAAGACACAGACAACAAGAAGAAUGGCACUUUGCACACCCAGGGUGCAAAGGUAGAAGCCAAUGGCGAUGGCAGGCAGUUGGAGAGGUCUGGCAGUUGUGGUCGAAGCAACAAGAUAGACAACCAGCUAGAAGGGGGAGCAGUGAAGGGGAUAUCCUUGAAAGACCACGAGGCACAGAUUCGUAAGCUCGACGAUGUUGCAGCACGGCUGGGCGUCCACUCAGUGACCCUGAAGCAAACGUGUCAACGGAAUGGUAGAUCGCGCUGGCCAUCAAGGCAGACCCCGAAACUCCACAAAGCGUGGCCCCAGACGGGAUACCAAGGGUCACCACCACCGUUACUGAUGCGGAAGGCAUCUGCCAGGAGCCUGGUCUCCAAGAAUGCCAGAAAGCUGACGUUCUCCCAGAAGGCAGGUGUGACAUCAUUUUUGUGUCUGAUAGCAUACGACUUUGAACCAAUUGUGUGGGCAAGUCUCGAUUGCUGUGACAGCCAUAGGUAUUGGUAG